AUGACGGGACCGGACGGUCUCCCACCACCUCUUUUCGCACAGCCCAUGUUACAUUGGUUGGCCAAUCUGAUUGCAUCACACGCAUUCGCCGACCUGGACACGAUCGAACAAGUCCUGUCGCUUGAACCACCAAAGAACGGUAACUUUCGCAUCCUUCCAUGGGCUGCCGAUGUACGAGAAAAACCAGUGUUCCCGGAAUGGUCCUCCUCGGGACCCAAAACAAAGCCAAAGAAUCCCCAAUCAUGGGUCUCUCAGUUCUCAGACUGGGGAAACCGUGCAGGUUUUACUGCGCAGCUAGGGUUGCAUGCCGUACGCCGGGAGGCUCUCAUCAAAGUGAACGAUAACGGUUAUUCACUGGGCCAAGUGCUACGGUUUGCGUCACAGAAUAACACCAACGUACUUGUCAACAAAUACCUCGGCAGUGUUUCUACGGUGGAUGGCGCAGGAAGCUACCUUGGCAUGCAACUUCGGGCCGAUUUAGCGGAGGACUUUAGAUCAGCAUCAGCAGGAAGAAACCCCGGCCUUCAUUUUUCGCUUCCCGCAAAGGAAACGAAAGAAUUACAGAAAAGCCUGGAAUAUAUUUCCCUGACCAACAAGAUCAACGAAAUCAACUUGGAGCUCGAGACGUCAACGUCACUGGAGGACCAACAACAGCUCGAACUACAACGCAAGGUCGCCUACAGAGAAAGGCUGCUGUUCGAGAACAAGAAGCUGAAAGAAUUCCAGACGACACAAAAGGUCUUGUAUGAUAUCGGCCAAGACGAUCAUGAGCAAUGCGAUUGGCGCCAGAAUCACUUCAACCGCAUCAGUCACGUGCUUCCAGAAGAACGUGUACGUCUCGCAUACAGUCUGCAAAUGAAAGCCUGGCCUCGAAGUCCUGAAUGGAUCAACGCCCUUCGAGACCUCGUUUCACUCAGAUCAAAUCAUCAUCCUGUGGCCUAUCAGAAAGAGCUCCGCCCUGUACAGGGCUGCUGCCCUGUUGCAACCUGCCGCAAAAAUAUGUUGAAGGUACCUAAAAAAGACAGAUGGCGGCAUAUCUAUCGAUGCCAGGAGAAAGCCUACGUUGAGGAAGGCGAAGCUUCUUGGGUGGCUCACUGCAAAGACCAUGUUGAGAAAGUAUCAUUCCCAGUUCGAUGUAAUCCAGUCACUCACCGUCACGCGGUCGCAUGUGCUGGUUACUGUCCUGUUCAUCUGGGAAGAACAGAUCUUCCCGUGGAAGAGAGAAUGCGUCAAUGGUCCGACCAGGAUGCCUGGAAGCGCCAUAUUUCUCGGUGUCUUGCAACAUAUCUCGUUCAACAGCAAGGACAGACGAUUUCCUGCCCUCAUCCAAAGUGUCCGGUGGAAGUCCAAUUCGAGAAAGACUUUUGGUAUCAUCAAGGUGAUAUCCACAGUAUUUUCGAAAAGACAGCAGUGAUCGGAAAGCGUAAGACUUGUUCGAACGAGGAUGAACGCCCACCAGAGCGACCACGAAAGUCGAAGCGAGUCGGCAUCGAGCAGUCCGUGGGGCUCAAGGUGAUACCAUUUGUGCCUGACACCAAACUUCUCGAUUCUAGGCACCUAUAUGACUCAGACUAUGCGCAAACUCAAGACAGCCGUUCGCCAACGGAUCCCCCUGAUUCUUUAUCUAAUAGUCCAUUGCUGGAAUAUGCCCAAUCUGAGACCCAAGAAAUGUACGCUUUCCCAACCUUGUUGGGCAGUUCUCCCUAUUGCACAGACAAUGAGAAUCAGGUAGCAGGCCUCGUUCUUAGCUCUGCCUCCAAUCUAGGUCACAUGAAAGAGACUCUGUCGACUGAGCAGUCCCCAUCACGAAUGACUGGGAUAAUGGUACCCAUUGAUCCUCUACUAGUUUCAGAAGGGGAGCCCAGCGCUACUUUCGACCUGGACUCUUUGACGGCACCAGACAGCGAUGCAAAGGGGGUCGUGACCAAGGAUCUGAGCCACCGUGGUGCAGUAGUGCACUGUCAGCAAGACCCUCUCCAAGAACAAACGUAUUCUGUUGAUUGUCUACUCGGGAGAUGGGGCAAAGAUUUGUUCUAUUUAAAAUGGCUAGAUGGAAGUUAUGGCUGGGAGCCGAGGGAGAACAUACUGGAUGAAGAACUCGUCCAGGAUUUUGAAGAGAGCUAUAGAGGUUUCAAGGAUGGCGUCGAGGUCUUACGGACUCGAAUCCGAAAUGGUAAGGCGGAGUAUCGAUUGCACUGGGAUGGUCGCCCAAAAUGGGAGGAUUGGUGGGUCACGGAGAAGGAAUUGCACCCAAAGUUGAUUGAAGAACACAAACCGAAAAAGAAGAGCUAUCUCGAGCUUGAGCUGCAAGUGUCGCCAAAUCCUCGUUUUCGAGCUGCUUUGGCGGCAUGUGGUCAUGUUCGAACUGCGAAAUGGUUAUCCGAGAUGCUUGUUGGCUUGAUGAGCCAGUAUUCUCAAGAAUAUCAGCUUGCUGUCCUCCAGUAG